GGUGGAGUGAACUUCUACAAAUUAGCUCUGAGGUCCGCGUUAUGACUGAAAAAAUAAUUCGGAAAUUCGAUGUGAAAAAUCAUUUUGGUGCUUUUAAAAGCUUUUUAAGCGUUCGGCUGCGAUGAGUGACGUCAGUGAAGAAUCGCUGCUGGAUUAUUUUUACUCCACCGGAGGCAAAGUCAAAAACGCAGAUCUGUUGAAGGCUUUUAAGCCUUUUAUUGGCCACAGUGACUUGGAAUUACGUGCCAAAUACAGAGAGGAAUUCAAGCUCAUCAUCGAUCGUAUUGCUGUGGUGAAGUCAGAGAAUGGUGAAAAGUAUCUUUUCCUGAAGAAGAAAUACAGGCAGUUGUUGCAUGACAGAGAUGCCGAGCAUCAUGGGACGGCGGGUGGAGGUCAGAGUCCUUUACCCCCAGCCAGUUUACAGUGGGAGGGCUCAGAACUUCAGGACGGAUCUGAUCAGGUGGUGUCUGACCGUGCUGCAACAGAAUCAAUCAGCCACCCACAGGAGGCCCUGCAGACAGGAGCCGACUUCAUCCAUCCCAGUCUUCUGGAGCCUCCUAUGAACCCAAUCCAGGACGCAUCAGGGCAAAGUAACGAGGAAGAUGAGCAGGACAAAGUCUCAGGGUCAAAGUCUGAGUCAGAACAAGACGAGGAGGGUUCGGGCAGUAUGGGAUCCACCGCUGUGGCUUUGGACCCCAUAGAGAAGGAGUGGAUCUACUCGGCUGCAGGUGCCCGUGUCCAUGACCUCUCUCAGCUGCUCAGACAGGACCCCACGCUGGCAAACAAGAAGGACUUCACAUCAGGGUUUACGGCUCUGCACUGGGCAGCCAAACACGGCAACGUGGACAUGGCCACUCUGGUGGCGAAUGCUGGUACCGACGUCAACAUCAAAUCACAUGGGGGAUACACACCUUUACAUAUCGCUGCUCUACACGGUCACCUGCACAUUCUUGACCUCCUCACAGGAACAUACGGGGCUAAAGAAAACUUACGGGACUACAGUGGACAUCUUGCCUGCCACUACCUGACCACCAAAGAACCACGGGGUCCAGACGAGAGCUCUGAGCUACAGUUUCAGGUCAGCCAGGCCAGAGAGCGGCACCGCAACAGGAAGCUGGCGUCGUUGUUCCAAUCGAAGAAGAAGUGGGGCUCAGCGGAGGAGCUGGCGCCUAUCGAGGAGGACAGGACCGCCUCCAAUCAGCUGCUCCUCCCUGCGUUCAGACCCAGAAAGUUCUCCCGCUGAGGAGACGCCCAACAGGGACACGUGCAGUAAAACUUUGUCUAAUUUUUCCACACAUAUUUACACGUUUAUUUUCAAAGUAAACCAUUGUGUAUGUGACGUUGAAGUAUUAUUGUGUGUAUUUAUAUGUGCUCACAAUGACACAAAGGCGUGUUAAUUUUGUGCUUAGGUUUGAUAAGUAUUUAUGCCUGCCAUUGAAGUAUUUCUUACAGACUUUAAGUGAAGUGAAUGUUUCUGCAGUAUUUAUAUUCUGCAGUAUUUAUGCCUUAUAGGUUCAAGCUCAGGCCAAUAACUGGACAAAAUGUCCAGACUGACCAUAUUUCCUUUCAGGCUUACAAGCAGAAGGGCUGCAGAGUUUGUUACAUGUUCAUGAUUAUGCUGGUUGUUUUAAAAAACA